GAGCUCAUCGUGGUUGAGCUCAUUCUUUCCAAAUUAUUAUUUGGUAAUUACUAAUAGAGCAAAGCCACACAAGCGCCCCACCCUGCCGUGUCCCCUCACAGCUCCCCUGUUCACCAAGCUGACGUGUAAGUUCCCAGGUGCUUUUGCCCCAGCUUAAAGUAACCAAGACCCGUCUGUGUGGUAGAAUUUUUUUUCUCUUCUUAAUUUUACUUUCUUAAGGAAUCAUCUUCAUUUUUCACUCUCUGUUCCUGGAGCUGUACGUAGCCAAUUUGCUGGAGGGAAGUGGAGUUGUGGGGAGAGAAAUGAUCUGUGGGUGAGAGAUGGGGAAGGAGAGAUAAAUUAAACACAAACGCAGCCAUGCAGCGAGGGUCUCAUUCCGCUUCUUAGCUGGGCAGGUUUCUUGUUCUCAUGGGGGGAAAGGCGCGUGUACACCCCCCAAAACCGCACAAACGAAACCCCCUCCGUGGAGAAGCCAGCUACAGGAAACUGACUGAUGCACAGGAACUUGCUAAUCACUUUUGUCACAUUCGGAUUGUUCCUGCUGUCUCAGUCACCUCGCACACGCUGAGCCCAGCCGCCUCGGGUUGGCUUCUCCACGGGCGCGAUUUCAUGUUUUUAGUUCUUCCAGCGUGAAUCAGUCCUACUCUUGGACGGGAAGGUCGGUGAACUUGCAGCACUGAACAGGCUUGCGCUGUGUUCGUGUUUCACCUACCUGCCCUGGGCGAACUUGACUUCCGGAGUCAGGCAUUUUGGUGGCAAGACAUAUUGUUUUUGGCAUUCUACAGCAGCUGCAAGAUUGUACAGUACCCAGGAUUCAGCGCUCUGUGUAACAAGAGGUCCGAGGCCUGUCAUCUGGCCCAGGUUCAAGGACUCAGUCAGAUGGUCUGCGGUCCUCCUGCCUUCCCUUGCACUGCAUCCGCACCCUGCCCGCUGUGUCGCUGGAGUGCCACGCAUAGCUGGAGGUUGGAUUUCAUCACUGCGAUUACGGAGAGUUCAGAUGAGUGACAUUUCCGAUGAUCGAUCCGCAGUGGGAGACCAGGUCUGCACGUAGAUGGUGCUUGUCCCCUGGGUGAACAGAGAGAAGCGGCACCCGGAGGAUUGCCCCUGGAGGUCCUGAGAACGCCUUGGGCUGCAUCUCCCUCGCUGAAUGGCACUUGCAGCAGCCUGCUGACAGCUCUUUUCCUCAGGAUCCUGGACUCGUAAGUAGGGCUCCAGCCUGGGAAGAUGCUGAGUUCCAUCAAGUGUGUGCUGGUGGGCGACAGUGCUGUGGGGAAGACCUCGCUGUUGGUGCGCUUCACGUCGGAGACCUUCCCAGAGGCCUACAAGCCCACAGUAUACGAGAACACGGGUGUGGAUGUCUUCAUGGAUGGCAUCCAGAUCAGCCUGGGCCUCUGGGACACAGCUGGCAACGACGCCUUCAGGAGCAUCCGUCCCCUGUCCUACCAGCAGGCAGAUGUGGUGCUGAUGUGCUACUCUGUGGCCAACCAUACCUCCUUCUUGAACUUGAAGAACAAGUGGAUCGGUGAAAUCCGGAGCAACCUGCCCUGCACCCCAGUGCUGGUGGUUGCCACCCAGACUGACCAGCGGGAGGUGGGACCACACAGGGCCUCCUGCAUCAAUGCCCUGGAUGGCAAGAGGCUGGCCCAGGACGUGCGAGCCAAGGGCUACCUGGAGUGCUCAGCCCUUAGCAACCGGGGGGUUCAGCAGGUAUUUGAGUGUGCCGUCCGGACUGCCGUCAACCAGGCCAGGCGGCGAAACCGACGGAGGCUCUUCUCUAUUAAUCAGUGUAAGAUCUUCUAAGGCCCAAGACCCUCCACCAACCAACAUGUAUGAGCUUGCCCCAGGGACAGACACGUGGAGAGAUGGAGAACGGCAAGCUGUCUAUGGUGUAUUCCACACAGCCUGUGCCUUCGGAUACAGUGGCUGAUGAGAUUGGAUGGUAUUUUCCCUAACUACACCUACGAGUGAACUCCUGGCCCAGCACGGUCAGAGAACACCUGUGCAAAGCUGUAAUGAAUAUUCCAUCUUCAAUUAAAAGACUAAAGUGGCCUCUGUAGUUUUGGACAGUGAAGUGAGUUUCCUAAGUACUCUAUAUUUAAAGACAUAUUUUAUUUAAGUAAUAACAAAAUGCCUAGAUCUUGUAUAUAAUUAGUUUUUGCACUUGAAAAGACUUUUCCUACAUACUUGCAAACAAAGUGCUGUCUGAGGGAUGUAACCUGGUGGGGUUCUGCAUUAUGUGUGUAGUGUUAUAUUUUCCCCUUGAACUAGGAAUUUGGUUAAAACCACGUGCCUUCUGGAUUUUUCUGGGAAAUCAAAUUUUAAAAUAACCGUAAACUGAUCCUUGCAAUUCUUACCUGUUAUUCAGAAUUGUAUAUAAAAUACAGUUCAACAACACAUUGUAAUACUUUCCAAUGAUUUUUAAACAGUUGCCACUCUAUUUCUCUGUAAUUAUAAAAAAGAAUUUCUGGCUUAUUACUUUUCAGUGAGAGAAUUUCAAUUGUACACUAAGUAUUCCACUCCUAUUCAGCAAUACCAGUUGAAAGAAAACCUUUCUGGGAGGGAACCACAUUCUCGUAAGUAACAGCAGCAGACCUUGGAACAGAAGUGAGGAAACGUCGCUGUCACUUUAGGGGCCAGUGCUCCUUGCCUGCUCUUUCCAGGAGGUGGUCCCUAUGGCUACUGGUCUUGUGAAAGGGGCAGGCUCAGAGUUCUGCGCGACGUGUCCUCAUUCCAACAGGAUGACCAUGUGACGUUAACCUGAGGGUCUAAUCAGAAUAAUUAGCAAGGUGCCUACAUUUAUAUGUGUGUGCGAGGGGAAAAAGAAUUUAUAGAUUUUACUCUUUGAUGAAUAUAAAGCAUCUGAGUGAAAAACAGAAAUCACUAAUCCCAAGCGCGGGGAACAGGAAAGCUGUGUAGCAACUGCUAGCUAACAAGUUAUCAGGGAAAUACUGAGUAAGUAGGGACACACACACACACACACACGCACACAUGCACGCACACGCAUGCACGCACAACUCAAACCUCAUUCUAUCUAAUUGCUUAAAAGCAAUAAUGUUGCUCAUCUGUUAAAGUUGAGACUGUGUAACCUGAGGAAGAAAUUGGGAAGGUAUAUCUCUUAUUACACCCAGAUAUAUCAUUUACUCCCCCAGUCAAAUAAAGCCUAGAACCCUUCGAGCCGCAUUUGGGAAACACACCAUUCUUCUGGGGUAAGGUGGUGUUUACACACAGGUGGUGAGGCAACUGGCUCAAACGACCAAACUGGUUCUUUGGACUCCUUAUUUGAUCAAUUCUUUACAGUUAUAUUAUGUCAAAAAUCAGAUUUGUGCUUUCCCCACACUCCUUUUUUCCCCUCUCACCCACACCCAGUAAAAGGCCAGGAUCUGGGCCUGGGUCCCUGGUGGGAGGGUUGUUUUGAUGCUCUAGGGUGGAUGGGUCAGCCUUUAGCCAGUAUUUUAGGCCUUCACCCAAAAUCUCAGCCUCACAGCCUGUGGGUGUCCUUGUCUCUGGGUCACAGGCCUCUCUUGGCUCAAGAGCAUCACCUCUUCUCCUCAGUGCUGGGCAUCCCAAGGGCUGGAGAGCUGACUGGGCAGAGGAGGAGAGUAUAUUCAUCAAAGAGUAAAAUCUAUAAAUUCCCUGGGCUCACAUCCCUGACAUCCCUGCGAUCCUCUCCCUGUCCCUCAACUCACAGACGGUCUUUAACAACUAGUGCGGUUUUAAGACCUGUGUGUUUGUGUUUGUGUGUACAGGGGGUGAGUUUAGCAUGUUAGACAAAUGCAUUUCUACUUAUUAAAACUGAGGGUCCCUUGUGGCUUUUUCCCUUGUGGAAGGGAGGUGCGGGUGGGUAUCAGAAGGUGGGAAGGGCCCAGUUUCCUGGUCCCCGAGGAGUGAGUUCCAUGUGUGAGCUGGGGAGGAAGGGAAGGUCAGAGAGCCCACAGUCAAAUGGCAUUGCCGCCACCUGAGCAAAGACACACAGACGAGACUGUGCCUAUGGCCGGGAGUCAAGCUCCCAAGCUCCUUCUGGGAAGCCUCGUGCCUAAGAGCAAGAGUCUGUCUGUGAACCCUGCCUCGUGGAGGCCUGGGAAAAACUGGGCCGCUCAGUGUCUGUCUCCCUGCUGAGUCUGAGUUCUUAAUGGCAGCGCCACCUCCUGGUCAUCAUCACCCCAGGGCCCAGCACAGGGAAGGAACCCUAGCUAAAUCAAAUUGCAUUGAAUUGAGCUGGAGGGAGAUGGAAAUUGGGCUUCUGUGCCACAGGGUGGUUACAGGAAGAGAGUGGAGCCUCUCUGCCUUGAAGGGGUAAGGAGGGAACACAGAUCCCCUUGUUGGAAUUCAUGUACUGUACGUCCUAGCGCAGCAUAUGUUAUUUUUGCCUGCCUAGACCAAAGCGCAUGUGUCUUUCUCUUUGAUACUUGUGGUACCUUUUUGUUGAGUAUAUUGUAUGUUUGUUCUUAGCUAUUGCAAGUAGCGAAAUUAAAUAUGCUCUGUUUAAAGAAUG